ACACUUCCUGGUUCCCUCCCCUUUAGAUCUACAGUUUCAAGAUGGGUGGAACGAACAAGAGCUGACAUUCAGAGCUCAGACACAUGACAUGUAGAUCAGAGCUCACACUAGAUUCAUUUCUGAGGAAUUGAAACUCAGUCAGUCACUGUCUCUGAGAGUUGAAAUGGCACAGAAAGGAGUUCAGCCGUACCGAGAAAACCUCUCUUGUUGCAUCUGUCUGGAUCUACUGAAGGAUCCGGUGACUGUUCCCUGUGGACACAGCUACUGCAUGAACUGUAUUAAAACCCACUGGGAUACAGAUGAUGAGGAGAGAGACUACAGCUGCCCUCAGUGUAGGCAGACCUUCACACCGAGGCCUGUCCUGGGGAAAAACACCAUGAUAGCAAGUAUAGUGGAGGAGCUGAAGAAGACUGGACUCCAAGCUGCUCCUGCUGAUCACUGCUAUGCUGGACCUGGAGAUGUGACCUGUGACGUCUGCACCGGGUGGAAACUGAGAGCCAGUAAGUCCUGUCUGCAGUGUCUGGCUUCUUACUGUGAGAAACACCUUCAGCCUCAUCUUGAAGCAGCUCCAUUCAAGAAACACAAGCUGGUGGAGCCCUCCAAGAAGCUCCAGGAGAAUGUCUGCUCUCGUCAUGAUGAGGUGAUGAAGAUGUUCUGCCGUACUGAUCAGCAGUCUAUCUGUUAUCUCUGCUCUGUGGAGGAACAUAAAGGCCACGACACAGUCUCAGCUGCAGCAGAAAGGACUAAGAGGCAGAGAGGGCUCAAGGGGAGUCGACUAAACAUCCAGCAGAGAAUCCAGGACAGAGAGAAAGAUGUGAAGCUGCUUCAACAGGAGGUGGAGGCUAUCAAUGGCUCCGCUGAUAAAGCAGUGCAGCGCGGUGAGAAGAUAUUCACUGAGCUGAUCCGUCUCAUGGAGAAAAGACGCUCUGAUGUGAAGCAGCAGGUCAGAUCCCAGCAGGAAACUGAAGUGAGUCGAGUCAAAGAGCUUCAGGAGAAGCUGGAGCAGGAGAUCACUGAGCUGAAGAGGAGAGACGCUGAGCUGCAGAAGCUGGCACACACAGAGGACCACAACCAGUUUCUACAGGACUACCCCUCACUGUCAGCACCCAGUGGAUCUACACACUCAUCCAGCAUCAAGAUCCGUCCUCUGAGGUACUUUGAGGAUGUGACAGCGGCUGUGUCAGGAGUCAGAGAUCAACUACAGGACGUUCUGAGAGAGGGAUGGACAAACAUCUCAGAGACAGUGACUGAAGUGGAUGCUUUACUGUCACAACCACAACCAGAGCCCAAGACCAGAGCUGAGUUCUUAAGAUACUCAUGUGACAUCACACUGGAUCCAAACACAGCAAACACACAUCUGUUAUUAUCUGAUGGGAACAGAAAAGCAACAUUAAUGGAACAACGUGAGUCUUAUUCUAGUCACCCAGACAGAUUCACAGAUCAUCGUCAGGUCCUGAGUAGAGAGAGUCUGACUGGACGUUGUUACUGGGAGGUGGAGUGGAGGGGAGGAGUUUGUUUAGCAGUCGCAUACAAGAAUAUCAGCAGAGCAGAGAGCUCAAAUGAAUGUGUGUUUGGAUACAAUGACAAAUCUUGGUCUUUAGAUUGUUCCAAAAAGAGUUGUCACUUUUGGUUCAACAAUGUCCAAACUCCUGUCUCAGGUCCUCGGUCCUCCAGAGUAGGAGUGUAUCUGGAUCACAGAGCAGGUACUCUGUCCUUCUACAGCGUCUCUAAAACCAUGACUCUCCUCCACAGAGUCCAGACCACGUUCACUCAGCCUCUACAUGCUGGACUCUGGAUUUACUGGUCUUUUGGAUCCACAGCUAAAUUGUGUAGCGGGAAAUAGACAGAAGUCAUUUCAGGGACAGUGGGUUCACUUCUGUGUUUGAAUUCUUCAACUUGAUUUUUAUUCCUGUUUGUUGCUGAGAGCUGAUUGCUGUCAGCUGUCAAUCAAACUUGGUGGGCGGGACUUUGACAUCUUCUCCUUUGUUGUGUAAAUGUUUGAGUUUGUUGAAGUUACACUUCUUCCUGUGUCUGUUUAGCCAUGGAGGCUUUCACUGCUCAUGAUGAUUUCUGUUCACCUGAACUGACAUUUCUCUGCAUGAAAAUAUCAACUUGUCUCUGCUCUAGAUGUUGGCUGAUUAUUUGUAUUGAUGCAUUUUUAUGCUGUUGUUUCUGAUCUGAUUCAUGAAUCUGAAGAGAGGAAACAGCAGACCUUUCAUUAUUGUACGUAUUUUGUUUUGGCACUUUGUACAUUUGUAGAAAUUCUAUCAUCACAUUUAGAGAAAUUUGUUUGGCAGAAUAUAUUAUGCUGUUAAGGGUAAAAAAAAAUCUCUUCUUUCCUCUUUUUCUUGAGAAUAGUGUAAAUAAGUUGACACUCAUGUUGCUGGGUUUGUUUGUGGGUUGAUGUUUUUUUGGUAAUUCUGAGAUCAAAGCCAUAUUUGUAGAAAUUCUAUAAUCACAUUUAAAGACAUUUGUUUGGUAGAAUACAUUUAGUGUGAAGAAAAAAAAAAGUUUGACAAUCUCUUUUUUCCUAUUUUUGACCUGUAUCCUGAAUGCAGCAUCACAAUAGCUGACUUGAGUAUAGUGAGGAGGUGGUGACAUGAUCAUAAUAAUAUAAAAUAAUGUGAUAGUGAUAUGUAGGAGGACGGUUUUGUCUCAGAAUUCCAAGGUCAAAGCUGGAAUUCUGUUCUGAGAUUAAUCCAAGAAUUCUGGAAUCAAAGCCCAAAUUUGGGAUCAAAACUGAAAUUUUGAGAUCACAGCCAGAAUUCUGGGAUCAAAGCUGGAAUGCUUAAAUCAAAGCAGGAAUUCUGAUAUCAUAGCAAGAAGUCUGGGAUCAAAUGCAGAAAUCUAAGUUAAAAAACAGAAUUCUGGGAUCAAAAGCACAGAUUUUAUGUUAAAGCUGGAAUUUUGAAAUCAAAGCCAUAUUUGUCUAAAUUCUAUCAUCACAUUUAGAGACAUUUAUUUGGCAGAAUAAAUUGUGUUUCUAAUAAAAAAUGUUAGACAAUUUCUUUUGUUUCCUUUUUUUCAAAUGUGUCUUUGAUGCAGCAUCACAAAAGCUACCUUGAGUAUAGUGAGGAGGUGGUGACAUGAUGAUAAUAAUAUAAAAAUAAUGUAUUAAUCAUGUGAUAGUGAUAUGUUGGAAGACGUUUUUUCUCAGAAUUCCAAGAUCAAACCCAGAACUCUGACAUCAAAGUCUGAAUUUUGGGAUCAAAACAGAAAUUUCGCUAUUACAGUCAGAAUUCUGGGAUCAAAGCCAGAAUUCUGGGAUCAAAGCCAGAAUUCUGGGAUCAAAGCCAGAAUUCUGGGACCAAAGCCAGAAUUCUGUGACUAAAGCCAGAAUUCUAAGAUCAAAGCCGGAAUUCUAAGAUCAAAGCCGGAACUCUGAGAUCAAAGCCAUAUUUGUAGAGAUUCUAUCAUCACAUUUAUAGAAAUUUGUUUGGCAGAAUAAAUUUGGUGUAAAGAAAAAAAAAUGUUGUUUGACAAUC